GCCAAGUUUGCCGACUCCGCAUACAGCAUCGGAAUUACUGACUGCAGGCUGGUUGACUCUUUUCUUUGGAUCUGAUGCAAUGAGUGCUUUCACUCAUUUCUUGAAUCCUUCGAAGAUGGCUUGGAAGAAUUAUUAUUUUGCCGUCUAAUUAAAAACGCCUAUUUGAAUAUUCGGUACGGUUUUUAGUAACUUGUUUUUUCACUGGUCACUGAAGCUGCACAGGACCAUGGAUCCUCCACCGACUUCAGAGAAAUCGCAUCUUAUCAACGAAAGUAAUGCCAAAGUAUACUCCUUAAAACUUAACAGUGAAUUCUCAGGUUCCAAAGAAAGUUGUCCAAACUUGCUUUUGGGAAAUGGCGACAUGGCUGGUGCUAUCGAGCUGAAGAGGCCCAUUGGAACUCAUUGCCAUGGAAAAAAAGCAGCAUUCAUUGAGAGCCAUGAGAAACUCAUAGCAAAGAAGAAACUGUUCAUCGCCUCCAUAGUCUGUCUGGUUUUCAUGAUUGGAGAAGUUACAGGUGGUUAUCUAGCACAUAGCCUGGCCAUUAUGACUGAUGCAGCCCACCUUCUGACUGAUUUUGGCAGUAUGAUGGUCAGUCUUUUUUCCUUGUGGAUCUCCUCAAGACCACCAACCAAGAUAAUGACCUUUGGCUGGCACCGAUCAGAGAUUCUGGGAGCCCUGAUAUCUGUGAUGUCCAUCUGGAUCGUAACUGGGGUGUUGGUGUACCUUGCCACUGAGAGGAUAGUAAAAAAUGAUUAUGAAAUUGAAGGCCAUGUGAUGCUCAUCACCUCAGGUUGUGCAGUCGUGGUCAACAUCAUAAUGGCCUAUAUUCUACACCAUUCCACGACCUUCCACAGUCAUGGUUCAGGCUACCACAAGAUUGAUGAGAAUGGGAUGAGCCCUGUGGGCCAUGGCCACUCCCACAGCCUCCUGGGUAAUCAUGGGAACACCAGUGUCAGAGCUGCAUUUAUUCAUGUUUUGGGGGAUCUCUUACAGAGCUUUGGAGUGAUGGUGGCUGCCAUCAUAAUCUACUUCAGGCCAGAAUACAAAGUAGCCGAUCCCAUUUGCACUUUCCUCUUCUCUGUGUUCGUCCUGGGCACUACCAUUACCAUCCUGAGAGAUGUCUUCCGCAUUCUCAUGGAGGGGGCCCCCAAAGCAAUAGAGUUUAAUUCAGUGAAGGAGGUGCUGCUAUCUCUGAAAGCAGUGAAGGCCUUGCACAGCCUGAAUAUAUGGGCUCUCAACAUUGGCCAGAGUCUGCUGUCUGUUCACAUAGCUAUUGAGGAGAAUGCUGACCCUCAUAGUGUCUUAAAGGAAGCCACUGAACUCCUUCAGGCCAAAUUUGGGUUUAACAGCACAACCAUUCAAGUGGAACCUUAUUGUGAGGACAUGAUCCACUGCGGCCAGUGCCAGGACCCUAUGGACUGAGUUGUCCAAGUGCACCGGUGAGAGGAGGAUGCCUGUAUAAAAUGUAUGCACACAUAUUAAGCUUCAUUGAGGGUCCAAUCCAGAAAUGGAAACACUGUGCAAAUCUAUCAUCUACAUAUCAUUACGAAUAUGUACAUGCCAAAUGCAUUUCUAUUGAUUACCAAAAAAAAAAAGAAAAAAUAUUUCACACUGUGCUAUCUUAAAAGUGCAUCUUCAGCAUCAAAAAUGCAUCGGUUUAUGGAAGGAAUAGCUUUAAAAUGAAGUGGUGAUGUUAAGCUUAACAUACUGUAUGCAAAGAUAAACUGAACUGAGUGGCAGCACAUAAAUAUGAGGCCUGGAGGCAUCACUGUGAGCCUUUUUAUUGUGACUUUGCUUUAAGUUAUGCUUGGCCGGUUGGCAUCGUACAUUACAGCAGAAGUGUACUGUAAUUGCCCAUGGUCUUGGGAGAGUAAAAGAUGGGUAUUGAUGUGACUUCCUUAAAAACAAUUAAAUGGGGUUUAUUAUGCCCCAUCCAGCCUUGCGUCUGCUGUCAGCUUGGUUCUCUAAUCAAUGUGAAUGUCCACCAAACUGCGGCAUGAUGUUGUAGGGCUUAAAAAGAGAUUAUGGUCAAGUGUAAUUAUGGAUUUUGUUGGCAAUCUCUUACUGUCUUGUCUAAUGGUACAAUACUAUUUGCAAAAGCAGGCAAGUGAUUAACUAUAUUCUUCCUCACUGGCUGCGAUAGUGAAGGUGCUGUUGUGGUUUUCAUGUGGUUUUUAAAGAACAGUGGAAAUAAAAUGGCUGAUGAAGGAAACAACGAAGAGUGAUAUUAAAGGUGAAGUGUGUAA